CUAUCAAUCAUCCCGCCCCAUUCUCUCGCUUUCCAUCACCCCGCCCCAUUCUCCCGCUUUCCAUCACCCCGCCCCAUUCUCCUGCUUUCCAUAACCCCGCCCCAUUCUCCCGCUUUCUAUCACCCCGCCCCAUUCUCCCGCUAUCAAUCACCCCGCCCCAUUCUCCCGCUUUCCAUCACCCCGCCCCAUUCUCCCGCUUUCCAUCACCCCGCCCUUUUCUCCCGCUUUCCAUCACCCCGCCCUUUUCUCCCGCUUUCCAUCACCCCGCCCCAUUCUCCCGUUUUCCAUCUCCCCGCCCCAUCUCCCGCUUUCCAUCACCCCGCCCCAUUCUCCCGCUUUCUAUCACCCCGCCCCAUUCUCCCGCUUUCAAUCACCCCGCCCCAUUCUCCCGCUUUCCAUCACCCCGCCCCAUUCUCCCGCUUUCUGUCACCCCGCCCCAUUCUCCCGCUUUCUGUCACCCCGCCCCAUUCUCCCUCCUUCCAUCACCCCGCCCCAUCCUCCCUCCUUUCAUCACCCUGCCCCAUUCACCCGCUUUCCAUCACCCCGCCCCAUCCUCCCUCCUUCCAUCACCCUGCCCCAUUCUCCCGCUUUCCAUCACCCCGCCCCAUUCUCCCGCUUUCCAUCACCCCGCCCCAUUCUCCUGCUUUCCAACACCUCGCCCCAUUCUCCCGCUUUCCAUCACCCCGCCUCAUUCUCCCGUUUUCCAUCUCCCCGCCCCAUUCUCCCGCUUUCCAUCACCCCGCCCCAUUCUCCCGCUUUCCAUCACCCCGCCCCAUUCUCCCGCUUUCAAUCACCCCGCCCCAUUCUCCCGCUUUCCAUCACCCCGCCCCAUUCUCCCGCUUUCUGUCACCCCUCCCUAUUCUCCCGCUUUCUGUCACUGCGCCCCAUUCUCCCUCCUUCCAUGACUCUGCCCCAUCCCCCCUCCUUCCAUCACCCCGCCCCAUCCUCCCUCCUUCCAUCACCCUGCCCCAUUCACCCGCUUUCCAUCACCCUGCCCCAUUCACCCGCUUUCCAUCACCCCGCCCCAUUCUCCCGCUUUCCAUCACCCCGCCCCAUUCUCCCGCUUUCCAUCACCCCGCCCCAUUCUCCUGCUUUCCAUCACCUCGCCCCAUUCUCCCGCUAUCAAUCACCCCGCCCCAUUCUCCCGCUUUCCAUCACCCCGCCCCAUUCUCCCGCUUUCCAUCACCCCGCCCCAUUCUCCCGCUUUCCAUCACCCUGCCCCAUUCUCCCGCUUUCCAUCACCCCGCCCCAUUCUCCCGCUUUCCAUCACCCCGCCCCAUUCUCCCGCUUUCCAUCACCCCGCCCCAUUCUCCCGCUUUCCAUAACCCCGCCAUAUUCUCCCGCUAUCAAUCACCCCGCCCCAUUCUCCCGCUUUCCAUCACCCCGCCCCAUUCUCCUGCUUUCCAUUACCCCGCCCCAUUCUCCCGCUUUCAAUCACCCCGCCCCAUUCUCCCGCUUUCAAUCACCCCGCCCCUUUCUCCCGCUUUCCAUCACCCCGCCCCAUUCUCCCGCUUUCCAUCACACCGCCCCAUUCUCUCGCUUUCCAUCACCCCGCCCCAUUCUCCCUCCUUCCAUCACCUCGCCCCAUUCUCCCGCUUUCCAUCACCCCGCCCCAUUCUCCCGCUUUCCAUCACCCCGCCCCAUUCUCCCGCUUUCCAUCACCCCGCCCCAUUCUUCCACUUUCCAUCACCCCGCCCCAUUCUCCCGCUUUUUAUCACCCCGCCCCAUUCUUCUGCUUUUCAUCACCCCGCCCCAUUCUCCCGCUUUCCAUAA